GCACAAAGGAGCUGGGCGGAAACAGCCCGGAGGCGGAGCGGAGGGGGAACUGAGAGGCCGAACUCCAGUCGCGGGCGGAGGGAUACGUUUCCAUGGGAACGCCAAGAUCUCGCCCGAAUUGACAGCGCAAGUUACCGUAGUGUACAGGUGCAUUAGACCGUUCUGUUGGAAGGCUAAAAUUUAACCGCUGAUGUCGCUGUCGCCACCUCUCGGUGUGGGGUACCUGGCCUAGUCUUCUACUAAGUGAUCUUUGAGGCUCAUCAGAGGUAAUUAGACUGACCAGAGUGAAAACGCCCCUUACCCCCUCCCCCCCGCCAUUCUGCUCAUGGUCCUUUGCAUCACAGGCCUCCAAAGGGGUGACUCCCCACAGGGAUUCUAGUUAAUACCUCUCCUAUGUGCACCGACAGUCACUAAUCUGUCACCAAGUUAGUUCUGAAUCCUUGGGAGUUUUGCCAAACAAAGGGAUAGAGUUGGGGCGGGGGCGGGGGGGGGGGAGUUCGGGCAAUGUUAAAAUUGUGUCAAAACUAAAAGUUGGCAAGCUUGCUGAGCCGCGACAAUUCUGAAAUUACUUGCAUCUGAGGCACAAAGUAUUUAUUUUUCCCUUCUAGUGCUUUGGAGUUUUUAAAGUUGUCUUUGAGUUUUCUAUUUAAAACCUUGCAGCUCAGCCACUCAACAUACAUCAAAUAAGUGGAACUCUUGUCUCUAUAUGGCUUAAAUCUGCCUUCGAUUUUACACACUGUGUUUGCCAGAAGCCAGCUCUAAAAAUUGCGUUAAGUUCUUUUUAUCAACCACCACAAAAUACAGACAUUCCGUCACAAAUACUUGGAAUAUUCAAGAGUUGGAAACUUUACACAUAAAAGAGGAAAUCUUUAGCAACACUUGAAACUGAGCUUUGUGGGAAAGAAGAGCCCCUGGUCAGGAGUGCGGCAGCUCUCUCAUUGCAAGUCCACUUCAGAUAUCCCUGCCUCUAAUCCAGAAAGCAGCUAUGGCCCGCUUCCUAAGAAAUGAGGACCAUGAGGAGAACAUGCUAAGUAUGUCCCUUAGUCUAAGCGAAGGGGAGAGCGAUAGGAUGGCCAGAGUAACUAAGGCACUCAGUCUAAGAGAAAACGAAGCAGAGGACAAGUUUGAGGAUGCCCAUGAGAUUAUCCCUGUGGCAACAACGAUGACUCUAUUAUCGUCCUUGGAAGAAUGUACAACUGGAUUGUAUUUGUUUCUAAAUAACAGAUUCUCUGAUGCAAUCAAUCUUGUUCACCCAUGGUCAAAAAACAGCCCAUACCACGCUCUGAUAUACAGCAUGCUCAUGAUUGUCAAGGCCAUCCUGACUUUUGAGCCACAGGAUAUUCAGAUCGGAAUGAACGUGGCAAAGGAAGCUUUGAAAACCUGCAACAAUUUCCGGAAAAGACCCAGGAUAAUGACUUUAUCUCGCUUAGUGAGUAGGCAGGGAAUAAAGUCUGUCAAAGAGGAAGAAUUACACGCAGAAGUCUGUUAUGCUGAGUGUCUGAUCUUGAAGUCUGCCAUAACAUUCAUACAGGAUGACAGUUUGCUGAGUUUCCUUAAAAGCGGCAUCAACUUUGGGUCCAGCUAUCAAAUAUACAAAGACUGCCAACAGGUCUUAGAACUUAUGCCUGAUAACCAAAGUAAGACGCACAGACACCUGAAUGGAGGGGUAAAGUUUGGCCUUGGCGUAUUCAACUUGAUGUUCUCCCUUGUGCCGCCAAGGUCGCUUAAACUUCUCAAUAUUGUUGGCUAUUCUGGAGAUAGAGAAGUAGGCCUGGCUUUGCUCCACGACAGUGCAUCCGAACCUCAUAUCAACAACAUCCUAAGUGUUUUCACUCUUCUCUUCUAUUACAAUUACGUGCGUGUAGUUUUUGGUGUUGAGAAGGUGUCCACUUCUGCCACAGAGAAUCUCUUCCUAAUCUACCUGGCGAAAUUCCCCAACUGUGUCGUCCUUAAAUUUUUUCGUGCACGUUUUAGCAUGCUAAAUGGAAACUUUGAAACCGCACAGUUAAAAUUACAAGAGUGCAUUAUCACGCAGAAUGAAUGGAAGCAGGUUCAUCACCUCUGUUACUGGGAACUCAUGUGGUGCCAUAUUUUUCUGCAGAAUUGGAAGCAGGCAUACAACUAUGCCAAUCUACUGUUUCAACAUAGCAGGUGGUCUAAGGCAAUAUAUGCCUACAGCAAAGCUAUAAUACUGGCCUUGCUUCCUCCUAAUUCUGUGAACUCAGAAAAUGAGACCAUGAAUUCGGUCUUCUUACAUGUGGAUAGCCUGAGAAUCAAAAUUUUAGGCUCUUCUGUGCCAAUAGAAAAAUUUAUUGCUGAGAAAAGUCAGCGCUAUGGCACUACGACAGGCUGGUUUACAGCACAGCCCCUCCUGGAAUUCAUUUAUGCCUGGAGUGGCUUCCGAGUCAUGAGCAAGAAAAUAGAGCUCAUUUCAAGCUGGCUAUCAAUAAUCGACAAAGGAAAAGACCUUUUGAAUGAAAAUCCAAAUGAGGAGUACGGCAUAGACGACAUGAGUUUGUUAAAUUUGCUGAAAGGUCUCUGCCUGAAACAUCUGGGCAAACAUUUGAAGGCUGAGCACUACUUCAUUCGUGUUAUCAAGAAGGAGAAACUGUUAAAAUAUGACCGCUACUUGGUGCCAUAUAGUUACUAUGAACUGGGGAUGCUGCAUUAUCUGAAGGGAGAUUAUGCCAACGCAACAAGAAACCUAGACUACAUAAAGAACUACAAAGACUACUCCAUGGAAGCCCGCCUCCAGUUUCGGGCUCAUAUUGCCCUCGAACAAAUAGCUAAAUUAGAAAAGUGAUUGUGAGCCCAGUGUGCUUCUGUGUAGUGUGAGUGGAGUAUUAAGAGUGGAAUAUCCACACUCGGUCAAGUCAUCAAUGGGUAGGAAAGUGAUUCCUUUGUAAAAAACCAAAAUCCAGGAGGCAGCUGCUAAGAAUCUGACCAGUAAAUAAGAAAGGAAUAGGCCAUUUCUUUGCCCUCUCUCCUUCUCCUUCUCCAUAAAAUGCAAUGCUUAGACUGAAAACCGGAGUGUUGAACAUUCUUGAAAAAGAAAAGGCAAAGGCUGUACAUCACAAAAGUAUUUAUGAGUUUAUUACAUUUUUAAAACCUCCAAAGGCUUAGUCUCCCCUAGAUAAUGAUUAUGUCCUGCCCAUAACACAGGGAAUGCUUCAUUGGUAAAGAAAUGACCUCAGUAUCUUCCUGUUUCAAAACUACCAGCACACUGAGGAGUAUAAACUCUGAAAGGUUGUCCCUUAUAAAUAACCACUUUCAUUGGCUUUUACAUCAAAGAUAAUUUUCCCUUGUGUGAUAAGGGAUACAUUUUUCACUUUUACAUGAGGAAUAAUGAAGUUCUAAUGUGAAUUUAUAAUUUGCCAGAGGAUAGAGAAGAAAGAAGUCUCCAUCCACACAUAAACCCUAUGAUGAUAAUUGGAGGAGAUCAAGAGGAUGAUAGUCCAUUGGCUUAAAAAAAAAAAAAAGGAAGGGCUGGAGAGAUGGCUCAGAGGUUAGAGGCACUGGCUGUUCUUCUAGAGGUCCUGAGUUCAAUUCCCAGCAACCACAUAGCAGCUCACAACCAUCUGUAAUGAGACCUGGUGCCCUCUUCUGGCAUACAUGCAGGUAGAACGCUGUAUAUAUAAUAAAUAAAUCUUAAAAAAAAAAAGGACUGGGGACAUGGCUUAGCAAAUAAAGUGUUUGGUUCCCCAGAACCAGGUCCUGGAGCAGGUGGGGUCCCAGGAACAGGCUGGCUAGUUAGGUGAGCCAGUGUCUGGGAGCUCUAGGCUCAGCUGAGAGACCGCCUCAAUAAAGAGGAAAGUAAUCAAAGACUGUUACUAUCCAACUCAGGCCACCACAUGCCUAGGCACAGACACACACUCCCACACACGUGUUCACACACACGUGAACAAGCGAACACAGGCACACCACACACACAACAAUUACAAAUUAAUGAACAUUUUUAAGGGGAGGCUGUCAGGAGGUACAAUCAGCCACUGACUAACCCUUGUGUCACUGUCCCUCAGGUGUCAUUUCUAUUUUAAGACCAGCCAGCUUUUCAACAUCAUUAAUCCAUUUGAUAGGCCAAUCUGAGAGCAAGUGGUAGUUAUAGAUUUGGGACUCAGUAUUGCUUUACCUGCCUGGGGGAUAAAAACUAGUCCCCAAUUUCCAGACAGUUAAGUUGGGCUGAGUCCAUCUUCCAUCCUUAUAGUUACUCCUUGAAACAGAUGUUGGGAAAGAGCCAGGCAAGGUGGUCCAGGCUUAUAACCCUUGUACAAACAGGCUGAGGCAGGAGGAUUCAAGUUCUAAACAAGCCUAGGCUACAUAGAGAGACCCCAGGUAAAUAAAACGAAACAAAAAUGAAGUUGUACUGGGAAUGUUGUUUGGUCGUAAAAGUACUUGCCUAACACAUGCAAGGCCCUGAGUGAUCUCUAGCACCCACCAAAAAUAAAUAUGUAUUUUUUUAGUUUCCUAAGUUUGCAUGGCUUAAAACACAUUAUCUUAAUGCUUAAUGGGCAUUGUGUCCAAAGAAUUAAAUGGAGCACAAUGAAGUGUCAAAUUACUUCAGAUUUAGAAAUGCUUGGGUUUUUUUAGAUUUAUUUCAUUUUUAAUUAGUUUAUGAGGUGGAGGGUGGAGGCAAGAGAGAGGAGUUACAGACAGUUGGGGGCUGCCUAAUGUGGGUGUCGGGAAUCCAACUCCAGUCCUUCUGGAAAAGGAGUACACACUCUUUUUUUUUUUUUUUUUCUUUGAGACAAGGUUUCUCUGUGUAGCUUUGGCUGUCCUGGAACUCCCUCUGUAGACCAGUCUGGUCUCAAACUCAAAGAUUCCCUUGCCUCUGCCUCCUAAGUGCUGGAAGGGAUUAAAGGCGUGUGCCACCGCCUUGCUCUUCUCGCUGAUUUAAUCAUAUUAUUCCAUAGUCAAAAAUAAACAAUUAUCUGCAACCCUAGUUAUUCAUGCAUUAAAAAGAAACGGAGUUGGAGUGAUGGCUCAGUGGUUAAGAGCACUGGCUGCUCUUCCAGAGGACCCAGGUUCAAUUCCCAGCACCCACAUAGCACCUCAACUGUCUGUAACUCCUGUUGGGGGAUCCAACACCCUCACACAGACAUACCUGGAGGCAAAACACUAAUGUACAUAAAAUAAAAAUAAAGAAUUAAAAAAAAGACACGAACAUACAAUACCCACUUCUCAAGGGGCUGAGGCUAGAGGGUUGCUAAGACAAAAAAAGAAAGAAAAAAACCUCAGUUUUUAAUGCAUGUUAAUGGAUGCUUUUAAUUCCAUUACUUGGGAAAUGGAAGCUGGAGGAUUAAGAGUUCCAGGCCAGCCUCAGCUGCACAGCAAGUUAAAGGCCAGACUGGGCUAAUGAGACCCCACCUAAAAAAUAAUUCUAGUUCUUAGCAGAAGACAUAACAACAACACUAGAGCACUAUUUCAUUUUUUAAAAAGAUAUUUUCUGUGCAUUGGUGUUUUCCCUGCAUGUAUGUCUGUGUGAGGGUGUCAGAUCCCCUGGAACUGGAGUUCUAGACAGGUUGUAAGCUGUCCUGUGGAUGCUAGGAAUUGAACCCCAGGUCCUCUGGAGGAGCAGCCAGUGCUCUUAACUGCUGAGCCAUCUCUCCAGCCCCUAUAGCAGUAUUUCCUGUGUGUGUUUACUGUGUGGGGUCAUGUAUGUGGGUGUGUAGUGUGGAUACACACAUGCAGAGGCCAGGCGUCAAGUCAAUAGUGUGUUAUAUGCAAGUAUGCGCACGUGCUGGCCAGGCCAGGCACAUAUAUCAGACAGAGGUUGACAUUAAAAUGUCUUCCUCAAUCACUUCUUUAUAUCAUCGUCAUCAUCAUCAUCACCAUCAUCAUCAUCAUCAUCAUCAUCAUUUAAGAUAGGGUCUCACCAUGUAGCUCUGGCUGUCCGGGAACUCAGUAACGUAGACCAGACUGGUUUCGAACUCACAGAGAUCCACCUGCCUCUGCCUCUCAAGUGCUAGGAUUAAAGACAUGUGCCAUUACACCCAGCUUCCACCCUAUUUUUUGAGACAGAACUCACAGACCUAGGAACUUGCUGCUCUGGCUAAACCCGCUGGCUAGCAGGCCUGGAACCUGCCAGUCAAGGCCCCCAAGCCCUGAGGAUACAGAAGCACACUGCCAUGCCAGGCUUUUAUGUGGGUGCAGAGGAUCCAGGAUCAGGACCUCAUGCUUUCGCAGCAGGGACUUUACACACUGAACCACCUCACAAACCCUCUACCUUGGUUUUAUUUGCUUUGGCUUUUGAGACAGGAUCUCACUGUGUAGCCUUGGCUGGCCUGGAACUCACUAUGCAGGCCAGGCUGGCCUCUACUUCCUGACUGCUGAGAUUAAAGGUGUAACCACCACACUCAACCUAAAACACUCUGUGUGUGUGGGUGUGAAAAUGCAUGGAAGUCACAGAACUUGUAGGAGUUAGCUCUUUCCUUCCACAAAUGUCCCAGACAUCAAACAGGUCAUCAGGGAUAGUGUGGCAAGUUCCUUUAAGCACUGAGCAAUGUCACUGAGCUGCAGGGGCUCAUCU